UCCUUUAUUCCUUUCUUUUCUUCUUUUCUCUUUUUCUCUUUCUUUCUUUCUUUCUUUCUUUCCUCUCUGUAUCGUGGAAUUUUCUGUGCAACGAUCGUGCAAGUGUCUCUUAACGAUGAUUUAAACAUCUCUCUACUAUUUGAUCGUUGGAUACACGUGUAUCGUAUUUCCAGUGCUCCUCGACAGAGUACGCUUUGCUAAAACUUGCUAUGUGCGCGACACCGUUCACGGAGAAUACCGUGUGAUGUUCUUCGUAAUCCGGUGAGUGGAACGUUGGUUGGUGCAUGGUGUUUCGCCGUUCGUCGAGGAUCGACCAGAAUCGCGGGAGGAUAUGCACACCACCCCCAUGAUUGCAUUCGAUCGUCAACAGAAGAUGAGGCUUUGGGUGAUUAUCUGUGCCCUGGUGGUGGCGAUUCACGCGUCCAUCGCCGAAAUGCCAAGGAACAAGAAUCGUGGUAGAGGAUCGAUGUGGUGGGGAAUCGCGAAGGCAGGAGAGCCGAACAAUUUUUUGCCAAUGUCUCCAGCCUCCCUUCACAUGGAUCCCACAGUGUACGCGACCUUGAGGAGAAAGCAACGCAGGUUGGCCAGGGAAAAUCCAGGAGUGUUGAUGGCCGUGGCCAGGGGCGCGAAUCAAGCGAUCGCAGAGUGCCAACAUCAGUUUCGCAAUCGUCGAUGGAAUUGUUCCACCAAGAAUUUCCUCCGUGGGAAAAAUCUGUUCGGCAAGAUCGUGGACAGAGGUUGUCGAGAGACCGCGUUCAUCUACGCCAUCACUAGCGCUGCAGUGACUCACAGCAUCGCGAGAGCGUGCAGCGAAGGCAGCAUCCAGUCCUGUUCCUGCGACUAUACUCACCAAUCGCGACCACCAUCCACCACGCGGGAUUGGGAAUGGGGUGGUUGCUCGGACAACAUCGGCUACGGUUUCAAAUUCUCCCGUGAAUUCGUGGACACGGGCGAACGUGGUCGAAAUCUACGCGAAAAGAUGAAUCUUCACAAUAACGAGGCAGGUAGAGCGCACGUGUCCUCGGAGAUGCGGCAGGAGUGCAAGUGUCACGGCAUGUCCGGCUCCUGCACGGUGAAGACCUGCUGGAUGAGGCUACCCAACUUUCGCGUGGUCGGGGACAACCUGAAGGACCGAUUCGACGGCGCGUCCAGAGUUAUGGUGAGCAACUCGGAUCGGGUGCGUGGCAAUGGGAACGCGAUCGUGAGCAAUUCGGCGAGCAAUUCGGUGCACGGGCAUCGGGAAGGUCUGGGUCGUCGACACCGGUACAACUUCCAGCUGAAGCCGUACAAUCCGGAGCACAAGCCGCCCGGACCGAAGGACCUCGUCUACCUGGAACCCUCACCCCCGUUCUGCGAGAAGAACCCGAAACUCGGCAUUCUCGGCACCCACGGUAGACAGUGCAACGACACGAGUAUCGGUGUCGACGGCUGCGACCUGAUGUGCUGCGGCAGAGGCUACAAAACGCAAGAGGUGACCGUCGUCGAGAGAUGCGCCUGCACGUUUCACUGGUGCUGCGAGGUCAAGUGUCAGCUCUGCAAAAUCAAGAAGACGAUACACACGUGUCUCUAGGCCGACCCACUUCUCCCCCCCCGAUUUCCAUUCUUUUCGAAGAGACUACCUCCUUCCUGGCGAAGGACACAUUUCGGUAGUCGCUCGUCGUUUCCCGAAUCAAUUUCGUCGUCUUCGUCGUUGUCCACGACGAGAGAAGAAGAUGAUCCAUGCGAUGAUCCACAUACAACGUUGCGUUCGGUUUCGACCGAAAUCGACCGAAUCCCGCGAGGAGCUGUUACGGAGCCGCCGCCUCCUCCUGUAUUGUCUCUCAGUAUUACGCGAAACGAUCGAAACCGUGUAUAUUUAUUACGACGUUCACGGACGCGUAUUAAAGACUGAGACGGUGAGAAUGAAUUGUUAUCGGAUCGCGAUCCUAAUCUUAGAACGUUAGAUGUAAAAAUUUUGAAAAAUGGUCUCGCUGUACAUACGAUAUUGUUCUCGGAUUUUUUUCUCCGAAAUAUCGCAUGGCGCUUCGAAAUUUCCCACGCGUCGUGUUUUCUCCCCCUCCCCCCCUUUUUUGUUUUUUUUUGUCUUUUUUUAUAGCGAACGCGAGAUUCGUUAAACUCGUUAUUUAUUCCGAUCCUUCGGAUCGCGUACUUGUAUAUAAUAUGCGUAGAUUAGUUAUAUACGAAUGAAUAUAAAUUUAUAUGUAAAAUGUAUAUAUUAUAUUUUUCGAAAUAUUUAUCGCGCCUGUCGAAGCGUCGCGCGAAAAGUCCCCCCCCUGCCCCGCUUUUUUGUAAAUAUUCGACAUUGGUGAGAUGGAAACGAGAUAAACGAGUAAAUUAUUUUUAUAUACAUCUCUCUCCCUUAGCUCCUUACCGCUGUUACUUUUGAUCACGUGCGGCGAUCACCUAUCCAUCCACACGGAUUCGAGACCGUGGAAGAAACCGCAUUUAACCAUCCAGUGUUAGAUGAUAGUCUCGACAUCAAACUUCGAGCGAGGAAACGAUGAUUUAACGGUAAUUGUACGCGCAUCGUGGAUUCUUUCUUUUUUUUUUUUUCUUUUUUUUUACACGAUUUUUUGUAAUUUAUAAAAG